UUUAGAAUUUUAGGCGGAGAUGGAAACUUUUUUUUUUAAUCAAUAUUUAAAAACUAAAUCCUAAAUGAAGAAUUUGUUUAUUUUGAAAUUCAAAGUAUCUAAAUGCCAGGUUGUCCACUAUCUUGUCCAAAAGUUAAAAAACAGCUAAGACAAAUAGCAGCUAAAAAAAAGAACGCACUUGAAACCAAGCGACGUCAACCUGACGAAGAUGACGAAGAAAAAGUCCCAGAGGACAGGAUUCCUGAGAAAAAAUCGACUCAAGAUUUUGAUUCUGAAGAAGAAUUAGAAUCAGAACAUGAUUUUCAAGAACAAUUUAAAGGUCCUGAAAAAUCAAGAAGUCCUGGUAGUGGAGGAAAAUUUUCAAGAAAUUUCGGUUCCAAUUUGAUAGGAAAAUCUAGCAAAGAUCCAAAUUCGGAUAGAAGAGAAAAUCGAGACGAGAACGAAAAAUUCCUAAAUUUAGACCCAGAAUUUCAAAGAGAAAUAAUAAAAGAUCCUGAAGAAUCAAAAAGUUCUGGUAGUGGAGGAAAAUCUUCAAGGAAUUCCGAUCUCAAUUUAUCAGGAAAAUCUAGCAAAGAUCGAAAUUCGAAUAAAAGAAAAAAUCGAGAUGAGGAAGAAAAAGUGCGAAAAGAUAUAAUUCUCGGUGAAAAAGCGACAUUCGAAGAUUUUUAUUCUGGUGAAAAACUCGUGUUAGAUUCAGACUCAGAAUUUGAAGAAGAAAUAUCAAAAGAUCCUGGAGAAUUAAAAAGUCCUGGUAGUGGAGGAAAAUUUUCAAAGAAUUCCGUUUCCAAUUUAUCAGGAAAAUCUAGCAAAAAUCGAAAUUCGGAUUUAAGAAAAAAUCGAGAUGAGGAAGAAAAAUUCGGAAAGGAUAUGAUUCUCGUUAAGGAACCAACUUUAACAGAUCUUUAUUCUGGAGAAAAAAUCGUAUUAGAUUCAGAUUUAGAAUUUCAAGGAGAAAUGUCAAAAGAUCCCGGUGAAUCAAAAAAUUCUGGCAGUGGAGAAAGAUCUUCAAGAAAUUCCAGACACAAUCUAUCAGGAAAAUCUAAUUUUAAUUCUGCAGAAAAAUACGUAUUAAAAUCAGACGAUGAUUCUCAAGAAGAAUUAUCAAAGGAUCCUGGAGAAUCAAAAAUUCCUGGUAGUGGAGGAAGAUCUUCAAGGAAUUCAGGACAUAAUCUUUCAGGAAAAUCCAGCAAAGUUCAAAAUUCGGAAAUAAGAAAAAAUCGAGAUGGGGAAGAAAAAGUCCAAAAUAAUAUUCUUGAUGAAGAACCGACUUCAGCAGAUUUUUAUGCUGGAAAAAAAUUCGAAUUAGAAGUAGACCUUCAUUCUCAAGGACGAAUAUCCAAAGUAUAUAGAGAAUCAAGAAGUCCUGGUAGUGGACGAAGAUCAUCCAGAAACUUCGGUCAGAAUCUAUUAGGAAGGUCGAGCAAAGAUCGAAGUUCGGAUAAAAGAAAAAAUCGAGGUGGAAGUUUAGGGAAUGAAAAUAGUGAUUUUGGAGGAAGCGACGGAGAAUCGAGAGUUCCUGGUAAAAGAAGAAGAGAUAAAAAUACAAAUUCUAGACUAUCUGCAGAAUCAUCAGGAAAAUCGAGAAGAGAUAAUGCAAGAGCUGGACCAUCCUCAAGUUCAGCCGGCGAAUAUUUCUCGGAUCAAGGUUUCGAUUCUUCCAAGCAUCAUCCUCGUUCCUCCGAAUAUUCCUUGAGAACAAUGAAAGAAGAAAUUUUGAGGAGAAAACGUAAGUCAAAGCAAGAAGAAGUCGAUGAAUAUCUUCUCAACAAAGGCAUGAAUUAUUUCGGGGACCUGUGCAACUGUUCAGCAAGAUGUCUCGCUCAGCAAUUAUGGAAUGAUCCUUUCGUCAGAAAAAUAUUUGUUUCUGCAGCUCUUUUUGCAGUUGGGAUCAAACUUUGCUGGGAGAUGGAUGCCUGGUACAUACCAACUCAAUAA